UAUCAGAAGGAUGUAACAGAAUUGUUUAUGUCACACCAUCUUAAUGGUUCCCAACUCUUUUUCAGAAUUAUUGCAAAUCUACAUUUAAUUUAAUCCAAAUUUGAAGAUUUUAAGCCACUAAGCUCCACGCGAAUGUAUUUUUAUUAUUAAAAAAGCCUCACACACACACUACAUGGAGAGAUUGCUUCCAGCAUUCGACGGAUCCCCAACAUCUUGGCUGUGACAUUAUUUAGUUAAUUAAUUCACAAGUUGACAUUUACAUUAUCAUUUCAAGACUGUCAUUUGCUUUAACACGGAACUCUGCUCUGGCUACUUCAAUUAAGAGUAAAAUAAUUUAUUUUUAACAAACAAUCUUAAUUUUAUAGUGUGAAAUAAUAAAUAAUAAUAACAAGCAAAAACCGAGAGUUACUGAAGAGGUGAUAGGAACUAUAUUUUCCAACCUCCUGAACUUCCUGAAUGUAGGGUACAGCAUGUCUAGACUCGCACAUCCUACAAUCUGUAAGUACAAAAGAACAAAAAUGUACAGAGUUUGAGAGACAGAGUAUGACAGACAGAUGGUUUGUCACAGGGCCCCAUAAUUCUCCAUUGGGUUUUAAAUGUCAUUUCAAACUGCCAUUGCAUGCAAUGCAGGUCGGUCAUGAAUAAGAAAUGGUAACGUGAGCCACGGAACCGAAGCCGCGUACACCUGAGCCGAGGCAUUUUUGUCUCAGCACAGCUAGAAAGCCCCCAAAGUCCCUUUUGUACCUCAAACUAAAUCCAUUUAGAUAGAGAAGAAAACACACAGGUAGUUUAUACUUACACAAAAGCUCCAACUGGUCUUGCUCUAAUAUUAUUCGACGGAUCACUUAUAUGCAAAUAGUGUGUAAUGACAGCCCUUUGUUGCCUGCAAGGUCAGCCCACCUGUAGCCUGCGGGCAAUGUGGGCUGUCUCCUCGGCCCUCCUCCGUUCUUCAAGCUUCGUUCGACUCUUCUUGGAUCAUUCCCACGGACAUCAGUGAACGAGGAUGAAGGCCCUUUCCCUGCUUCUGUUGGUUUCACUAGCAGCCCUGGUAGAGUCUCGCCGUGGGAACCAGGAACUUUUGGUACGUUCCAAAAGAAGAUGGGUUCUGUCUACAAUUGAAUUAGACGAAGAAGAUAAGGGGCCAUUCCCAAAGGCCAUUUCAACGAUGUAUAAUGACAAGAAGGCUGCUUCAGGGGAAGAGUACCGCAUUAGUGGGAUGGGCGUGGAUGAGGAACCGAAAGGAGUGUUCACCAUCGAUGGAGACACCGGAGUCGUCUACGCCCACAAAUCCGUCGACAGGGAGAAAUACAGCCUCUUCGAGAUCCAUUUUGAUGUUGUGUCGAAAGAGACAGGUCAAACGGUAGACCGAGAGCUCUCUUUCAAUGUCGAAGUGAAGGACAUCAACGACAACCCGCCAGUCUUUGUGUCUAAACUAACAGGCGAUGUGGACGAAAAUGCAGAAGAGGGGGAAGCCCUGAUUCAGCUGAUGGUCAGAGACAUAGAUCAGAAAAACUCGCCCAACUCUACGUUCACCGUCAGUAUAGUUUCACAGAGCCCGCAGGAGCCCAGGAUGGAAUUGAAGCAGAUUUCUGGCGGAUUGGCCCAUCUCACCUUGAAAGGAUGCUUUAACUACGACAAAGCAAAGAAGAUUGAAGUGAUUGUUCAAGCGCGCGAUCACGGAACGCCGUCUCUCUCCUCCACGGCUGUCAUUACUCUCAACAUUGUUGACAGAAACAGUCAUCUUCCGACGUUCAGGGAGAAGAAGUACCAAACCGAGGUGCUAGAAUCAAUUACCAAGGACGAUAUUUUGAGAAUUGCGGUGGACGACAAAGACACUCCGAUGACUCCCGGCUGGCGGGCCAAAUACUUCUUCAUUGAAGGGAACGAGGCGAGAAACUACAAACUUGAAACCGACCCCAUCACUAAUGAGGGUAUACUGAGUGUCAUCAAGGGAAAGGACUUUGAGACGACCAGUUACACUUACCUGGUGGUCGGAGUGAAGAACGAGGAGCCGUUGUUUGUUUGUAAAAGCAAAUCGCCGGCUGGCCCACCUCCCUCUCCAGACAGAGUCAACGUCACCGUCAAAGUGAUCGACGUCAACGACCCACCGUUCUAUGACAAAGCUUCAUUUGACGUGUACCAGAAAGAGGAGGAGGAGCCGGGAAAGGUGCUGCUCAUUCCGAAGGUUGGCGACCCCGACUCUGAUGUGUCCAAAAUCAGACAUGUGCUGUUAGAAGAUCCAGCAAACUGGGUGACCAUAGAUAAGAAAACCGGAAAAAUCACAACAACAAAGAAGAUGGACAGAGAGUCGUCAUUUGUGAAUGACGAUGGCAUUUACAAAAUCGUCAUUGGAGCCAUAGAUACUGGUGAGCCUCCACAAACAGGUACCUGCACUGUUCUGGUCCACCUGGGGGACAUCAAUGACAACGAGCCGAGCCUGGCCAACAAGAGCGUGAUUAUGUGUGCGAACCGUGUCAACAAGGUCAUGGUUCCUGCCAGGGACCCCGAUGCCAAUCCUUUCAGCGGCCCCUUCACUUUCUCCUUGGAGAGUGGCGACAAAGCUCUGAUGGAGCGAUGGAAACUAGACCCUUCCUUUGGUUAUGAAGGCGGCCUCGUUAGCCAGAAGGCACUUCCGUUGGAUAACUACUCAGUGUCUCUGGUCAUCCAGGACCAGCAGAACUCCAUGGGACGUCACACGGUGCAGGUGGUGGUGUGUGACUGUGGAGACGGAGUCAUUUGCCUCAGCAGAAAGCCGCCUUCAUCCAGCUUGGGGGCAGCCGGCAUCGGCCCCCUCCUCCUGGGACUUUUCUCAUUGUUGUUGCUGCUCCUCCUCUUUAAGUGUCAGUAUGGGGACAAGGACUUCAAGCACAUGCCGACGGAGAAGGACGAGGGCAUCCAGACCCUCAUCAAGUACAACCAAGAGGGAGGGGGGUCCACGAGCACGGGUGAGCCCACGUUGAUCCUGACUCCCACAAACAACGUAGCUGUGACUGAGGCCUUAAAAAUGGGCAACGCGCAGAAGGCUCUUCCAAUGGCCCAGGACACGUACAUAUACAACAACGCAACACUCACCACGGUGAACUCCAACAUGACCUCGCAGGGCACGCACCGCCAAAGAGACGCUUUCGGGAGCCAGCGCAUGCAGAGCGCAUACUCUACCUGGGCGUCGAACAGGAUGAACAGCCAUAAGGGCGGCUCCUCAAGAUACAACCGCUCCGUAAGCCUUGUAUCGGGUCACUGCAUUACAGACUUCAUCGACAGGAGAAUGGGAGAGAUACAGCACAAAGAGCAGCCAGCAAACCAACCUCACCGGUAUGCCUACGAGGGACAAGGGAGCAGAGCCGAGUCGCUUGACAAGCUGUCCCUCGUCGACCUGGGAGACGAUUUGAUGUUUCUGAAUGAUUUGGGACCAAAGUUCAAGAACUUGGCAGGCAUCUGUCACCAGACGAUUAAAGAAAGGAACAUACAGCUUUAAAGCCCACUGCUGGACUGGAACUACUCGAGAUAAUGGACUGGCGAGAUCAAUGGUUACUUUUGGACUUAAACACACCUUUGUGAGUCAGAUAUUGUGUGUAUUUGCAUUAUUCCCAGGAACCACGGUUACGUCAUAAGCGCUGUAUUUUGACAGCUUGAAGAUGGAAUUAGAGCACUGAACAAACUGUUGUGCAUGGGUGCCUUUGAAAGGUUGGGUUUUGACAGGAACUGGGUGUGUUGUUUUUUUACUUGCUGGUGCUUUAGGAGUGAUUGUAGGCAAGUGUCAGUGCAGUUGUGUCAGGGAGGGUGUUUCUUUUAUGUUUUAUGCUGUAUGUUCAUCCGUGGAAAGUGGAGUAUUUCAUUGUAUAUUAGAGAAGUCUUUUAUUGAUGAGGAGCAGCUUUAAUUUGUUGAUCCAUUGUAUUGUUCCUACAACACCGAGGAGCCUUUGUGGACGGGUUAAUAAUCUGAUACAUUGGUAAAGCAUUUGUACUGGACUAUGUACAAAGAAAAAACGUAGCCCAGUUCUGUCGUUGUUUUAUCUAUGUGUCUAUCAUCUGAAAUCUUUGCAUAUCAACGAAAGUUAAUUUACUUUUGUUUCGUUUCUGUGUCGUUAACCACUUCAAAAACAAAUUGCCACUAACAAAAACAAGUCUGUUUUUAUUUUUAUGUUGAUUGUCUUCUGUGAUUAAACAAGGCGUCAACCUCAGGGCUAGAAAAGUGAAGCCAGCGCAGAACUGUUUGAACUUGCCUUCUGUCUAAUGUCCAUGAGGGGCGACUCCUCUGGUUGCUGAAAGUAAGCGGCGGCUUUAGUCCUCAGCAAACAUUGUAAAUAUGGAUUUUUGGUCUCA